ACUGCUGUACUGUCACUAUACUUAACAGUUAACACCCAGACACCCACAGUAAUUUUUCUUUGAGUGGUCUGUACUAUAUUCAGUAAAAUACAACACUAAUUAAAAGCACAGCCUGCCCCACGCGCCGUUACAACCAACGCUACAAGAGUCCAUUUCUACUGGCACACGAGGCCCAAUCUGACGAGGGCGAACGGACAAUGCCAAGGCGAGUACACGACGAACCAGGCGACGGCGAGGAUGCCCACGGCGAGCCACCGGGCAUCUAGAUCAGCUUCGCCCGUAUUUAUUAAGCCGUGCGACCAGCCAGUCGCCACCAGCUGCACAAGAGCCAAAUCACGAACCGAUCGAGACUGAGGGGAAACACCGUACCGAUGGGGUGGGGAGAAAUCAUCUCGAGCCAGCUGCUGAUAGAGUCGUCGUCGUCGUCCUUGCCGGCGGUUCUUUUCACCGCCGCGGCCUUGGCCGCCGGCGCCUUUGCGGUCUACUUCUACAUACCAUCAUGGCGCGUGCGAAGGGUCCCCGGGCCCGUCGCGCUCCCGCUCGUCGGACACCUGCCGUUGUUCGCCAAGCACGGCCCGGGACUGUUCCGCAUGUUGGCGAAGGAAUACGGGCCAAUCUACAGGUUCCACAUGGGUAGGCAGCCACUGGUUAUGGUGGCAGACGCGGAGCUUUGCAAGGAGGUGGGUAUCAAGAAGUUCAAGAGCAUCCCCAACAGAAGCAUACCCACUCCAAUUCGUGGCUCACCUAUUCACAACAAGGGCCUCUUCUUCACCAGGGACUCGAGAUGGCAAUCCAUGAGGAACGUCAUCCUCACCAUCUACCAGCCGUCGCACGUGGCAAGCCUCAUCCCGGCCAUCCAACCAUACGUCGAGCGGGCGGGGCGUCUCCUCCACCCCGGCGAGGAGAUCACCUUCUCGGACCUCUCCUUAAAGCUCUUCAAUGACACCAUCGGCCAGGUCGCCUUCGGCGUCGACUUCGGCCUCACCAAGGACGACACCACCGCCGCCACCUCGCCGGCGGCGCAGCAGCAACCCGCCCACGGCGGCGCCAAUGCCAAUCAGAGCGUCGACGACCCGGCCACCGACUUCAUCCGGAAGCACUUCCGCGCCACGACGUCGCUCAAGAUGGACCUGUCUGGCCCGCUGUCCAUCGUGCUCGGCCAGUUCGUGCCGUUCCUCCAGGAGCCCGUGCGGCAGCUCAUGCUGCGCGUGCCAGGCUCCGCCGACCGGCGCCUGGAAGAGGCCAACUCGGACAUGAGCGGCCUCCUUGACGAGAUUGUGGCGGAGCGGGCGGCGCAGGCGGACAGGGGCCAGCAGAAGAACUUCCUGUCCGUGUUGCUCAACGCCAGAGAGAGCACGGAGGCCAUGAAGAAGCUGCUCACUCCGGACUACGUGAGCGCGCUCACGUACGAGCACCUGCUCGCCGGGUCUGUCACCAUGUCGUUCACGCUCUCCAGCCUGGUCUACCUCGUCGCGAUGCACCCGGAGGUGGAGGAGAAGCUGCUUCGGGAGAUCGACGCUUUUGGGCCCAAGGACGUGGUGCCCAGCUCCGACGACCUUGAGACAAAGUUUCCCUACGUUGAACAGGUUGUGAAGGAAACAAUGAGAUUCUACACUGCAUCUCCACUGGUUGCAAGGCAAGCAUCCGAGGAUGUUGAGGUUGGAGGGUACCUCCUGCCCAAGGGCACAUGGGUGUGGCUGGCGCCCGGCGUGCUAGCGAAAGAUCCCAAGGACUUUCCAGACCCGGACGUAUUCCGGCCGGAGCGUUUCGACCCGGAGAGUGAGGAGUGCAAGCGAAGGCAUCCCUACGCGUUCAUCCCCUUCGGCAUCGGCCCCCGGGCAUGCAUCGGCCAGAAGUUUGCCAUGCAGCAGCUGAAGCUAGUCGUCAUCCACCUCUACCGCAACUACAUCUUCAGGCACUCGCCCAGGAUGGAGUUUCCCCUGCAGUUCCAGUACUCCAUUUUGGUCAACUUCAAGUAUGGUGUCAAGGUGCAGGUCAUCGAGAGGAAAAACUGAUGCACGCAUUAUUAUUAUAUUAGUGCUAUAUAUUGUAUAUCUAUAUGAUGCAAACAGAAUAUGCAUCUAUAUAUAUAUGCUGUACACAAUAUGCAUCUAUAUGCUAGCUAUCCUCCCCUACGUGAAGUGUUGUAAUACCGAAAUCUUGAAAAAGAAAACUUGAUCUGAAGAGGU